AUGUAUACUUUGGAGUUUCUUCCGGACGAUGUUUUAUACACUAUCCUGAAUUACAGUUACCCUGAUGGUUUCCUAGUGUGUAAGAGAUUUGCACGGUUGCUAAGGAGAUGUAGGCAAAUUUUGGAUUUAAGCAAGCUCAACCGAAUGGAACUGUCAAGUUAUUGUGUAGAAGUUGCAAUUUUUGGGUCUAAUAGAGUCAGAUGUUUACUAGUUGGGGGAUGGAAUGAGUGGUCUAAUUUACACAUAUCUAAGCUAUUGCAAUCUGGGCAGUUUAGAAUGAUCCAAUAUCUAUCCCUUCGUAACUGUGCAAAAAUCACUUCUAAUGCAGUGGUUUCUCUACUUGAGAAACUUUGCAAUAAUGUGGUUGGAAUUGAUAUAUUCAAUUGUUACCGACUGAACUGUGAAGCUGUAUUUAGCAUUUUUUGCUUUCCCAAUUUGCAAACACUCUGCUUGGGCAGUUGUGUCAAGUCAUUACAUACAAAUGACACUUUGGAGAGAUUAUUUCCAAAAAUUAGUUCUUCGGAUGUAACCAGAUGCACUAGUAAAAUACAAUUGAAAAGGUUGGAUCUUGUUGGUUGUAAAUUUAUCACUGAUAUUUCGGCUUUGGGCCGCCCAUAUCUGAGUGAUUUGGAAUACCUAGAUUUAACGGGUUUGUGUAUCAAUAAUACAAUAAUUAGUUUGGCAAAUUUGAAGAAUUUGAAGCAUCUAAUCAUACCUGGAUUGGACAUAGAUUGCUGUGUAAUGUAUGAUAUAAUCAAAAAUAUGCCAUUGUUAGAAUCAUUAGAUAUAUCUGGAUCUCCAGUAGAUUAUAAAAUUAUAGAUGUCCUAACACAAGCCACAAAUUUGGCCCGUUUAAAAUUUUCCAAGUGUAGCGGGUUUGAUAAUAUUUGUUUGAGAAAAAUAAUUAUAAGUUUGCCAAACCUGUCCAUAAUUGAUGUAUCGCAUUGCUGGAAGUUGACAGAAUCAUUUAUCUCCAAUUCAGUUGUUAAAUCUGGUAAGAUCUUCAGCCAGUUUGGAAUUUUUCAGUGCUCACUAGACAUGGCCAAUGUUAAGAUGUUGUUAGCCAAGGCGGGGGCGGAAUCUGUUAAAUUAUACAAUCACAACGAGAUAAGUAUCGCAUGGGCUAUCGACUUUAAGAAGGAUUUUAAAGCUCGUUCUAAGAUGGGCGUCAAGCGAAAGCGAUAUAACUUUUAA